CUCGACGAUCUUCCGGUUGAAGCUCUCUUCUCGCUUUCAAAAGGCAACUUCACCUCGUCAAGGACACUUGCAUGUUCCUUCAAUCUACCAGGGACGACUACAUUUCCGACGCUGUCUUCAAGUCUUCGGAAGCAUAAGCUCAGUACGGUCAGCGAUGAUCUCCUCCGCGACCCUUUUUCGUUCGGGAGCCUGCUUCCGGGCUCCUGCAACUCGGUUCACGCCGUCGCUAACCCGCGGCUUGGCGACGACGAUCAAUUAUACAGCUGCGCCGGCAUCGCAGCCGGCCACGCUCCACCUCAAGUCCGGCCACAAGUUUGAAGGUCAAUCCUUUGGCGCGCCCAGGUCAUCGUUUGGCGAGACUGUCUUCACAACCUCAAUUACCUCCUACACCGAGUCUCUCACCGACCCGUCCUACCAGGGACAGCUCUUGGCCUUUACCCAGCCGCUGAUGGGCAACUAUGGCGUGCCGGACAAUUUCUGCGGCAAGUCGCCCAUGGGGCACCCGCUCGACGUGGACGUGGGGAGCUUCCUCGAGAGCCAGGCUGUGCAAGCUUCCGGUGUUAUUGUCUCCAACCUGGCUGAGCGCUUCAGUCACUUCGAAGCCGUUGAAAGCCUCAGCACCUGGUGCGCACGCUACAAUGUGCCCGGCAUCGCCGGCAUCGACACCCGGGCUUUGACGACGCUGCUCCGCAACCAAGGAUCUACUCUUGGUGCCAUCAAAGUCGGCAAAGACCACGAUGUUGCGCCCAACGCAAAUGAGUUCUUCGACCCUAUGGCCGAAAACCUCAUCGCCCGCGUCUCAACAAAGGAGCCCUACACCGUCCACCCUAUCGGUGGCUCUUCCAAGGCCCGUGCUCAUGUGGCCCUGCUCGAUUUUGGAUGCAAAGCCAACAUUGUCCGCUGCCUCAUUCGCGAGGGCGCCUCGGUUACUGUGCUUCCCUGGAACUUUGACUUCAACUCUGUUCGGGAUCAGUUCGACGGUCUCUUCCUCUCCAAUGGCCCCGGAAGCCCCUACUCGAUCCCCGAAGCCAUCGAGACGACGAAGCGCGCCAUCGACGAGUGGGACCGGCCAAUCUUUGGCAUCUGCAUGGGUAACCAGAUCAUCGGUAUCGCUGCCGGCCUCAAGGCAUUCCGGAUGAAGUUUGGCAACCGAGGCGCAAACCAGCCCGUGGUCAAGCUCAGCACCGGCCGCGUCUACAUCACGAGCCAAAAUCACGGCUAUGCGAUUGAGCACAACGAGGACGAGAAGUGGCCCGACAUGUGGGUGCCAUGGUACGUCAAUGCAAACGACGGCACCAUCGAGGGCAUCAUCAGCCACGCCGACAGCGGCAAGAAUGUGCGCUCAGCACAGUUCCACCCAGAGUCUCGAGGCGGGCCCGAGGACACUUACCACCUCUUCAAGGAGUGGGUCGACGAUGUGGCCGCCGUGAAGGCCAAGAAGGGCCUCGAGAAGCCUGCCCUCGGCCUCGACCCGAGCUUGUUGGGCAAGGGUCCCUUUGAGGCCAUCAAGACGGGUGCACCGAGCAUCGCCGUGGCUGCCUGAGUCGAUCAUCUGUCAUAUAUAGUAGUAAUUUUUUGUCAUUCAAUAGAAACUUUAG